GGUAAGAGAGACGACAGCGGAAACGCCACCUGGUGUGCAGGAUGGCAGCGGAGAGGCUGAGAGAACUGAUGGGAAACGACAAAAUGUCAGAAAGAGACUAAGACCUGAACCUCUGGAAGCAGAGCCCAGCAUGAUGACAGAGUCAGAUGGAGGACACGACGGCCUGCCAGCAUCAGCAGCGAGGAGGUGGACUGGCCAAUCACCGGCUGACAUGCUCAUAAACCCGGGAGCCAAUGAAACGCCAGCAGGUGCCCUCCCCAGCACAACAGCUCGGAUGCUGUGACUGCACAACCCGAGCCCGGAUGUCUUAUUAAUGAAUGGAGCAGAGCCUGGGCUGCAUCACUCCGCCUGGCUGCUCUUGCGUCUGAAACGGGAGGAUGGAGAGGAGAAUCAGCAGCAGCAGCAGCAGCAGCAAAGAUGGAGGGGAAAGUGAAGCAGGGGCUGUGAGUGGAGGACAGACAAACACAGAGAGCCAUGACGAGGGCUCGGCUGAGGACGUGACGGCAGCCUUUAAAGGUACGGACUCGCAUCCCGACGUCCACCAGCCGGAUUCGUCCUCCCCGUCGUCAUCUUCCUCCCCUCUUCCUCAGCUAGCCAUGCCUCCCUCUGCGUCCGCUUCGGCUCUCCUGGCCUUGGCUUCUCCGGCAACCAGGCGCUCCAUCUCCAUGGGAGACUUCCGGAGGGUGACGGGGGCCCUCCUGGCCGGCUCCGAUCCCCCGUCCACGUCCGCCACGGCCCCCUCCUCCAAGCUGGUCACCCCCAGCUCCAGCAUGGAGUUCGAGGCGGCUCGCCGGCGCCUGCUGGAGGUCGAGGAGCGACAGCGGGUCAUCAGGGAGAUGGAGCGGCGGCUGGAGGAGCUCAGGGAGAUGUUCGUGAGCUCUGAGCAGCAGGUGGUGGUCCACGGGGAGCUGGUGUCACGGAUUACCAGCGCAGCCCAGCAGGGCGAGCUGUACGUGGCGGAGACAACCCAGCGGGUGAAGAAGGGCCUGAAGUUUAAGAAACAUCGACCCACCAUCGUCUUCUCCUCCAUGCUCGGGCUGCGCACCUGCCUCCCCUGGCCUGUGAAGCUCAAAUAGGGCACCAGAUGCUUGCAUUUCAUCCAUGACUUUAGAAAUGUGCUUUACAUAAAUAAGAGGGGGUGUGGGGUGUGUGUGUGUGGGAUGGACCACCAUCCUUUAGCUCUCAGUGACGUGGCUGCUCUCCAGUUACAACCUUACUGCUCUUGUGUCCUGAGGCUGGUCCUUCAGGGCGUAGAGUGCCUACAAAGAUCACAGAGGCCGGCGAGGAGCUUCCGAUUCAGCAGAUUUCUGGGAAAAUAUUCACCCUGGCAAAGAAAACUGAGCCGGCACCAGUGCAUUGUGUACAGAACCCCACCGCGUCCCGGUUCCUCUCACAUAUAUUCUUUGCUGCUCGCAGUCAGUGCUUUGCUUCUGAGAAACAUGAUCCGGUCAAAUCCACGGUGCACGGAUGAGUCAGGUGAUGUGGGAGGAGAGGCUCAGCCUAUGUCUGUGUCUUAUCAACAGCUCCUCUGCACUUUAGCUAACUUCUGCAGCAGCGAGGAGGCUUACGUAAGCUCUCUGAAGACGCAGGCACGCACUGGGCAACCUGCCUCUGCAGCUCGUUAAGGGCAAAGUGAAGGGCAGGAAGGUAAGACGAGAGGUCUGUUUCUGGACUGCUGCGCUUGUAAUGUAAAAUCAAUGCAGAACUAUGCAGAAAUAGAAAACAUAACUGUGGGGGGAUGAUCGGAAAAUGUGCCUUGGCUUCUCUUAGACUGCUCACCCACUACCAUGACAGCGUUCACAAUAGACGGUAUGCGGUAAGAAAUUCAGGCUGGGACACUUUCCACCUUUGGCCUCUUUUUAUCCUAGCACCACUCAUCCCUCCAUCCUAAAUGCUCUUCCACAAAAAAUGUCGAAUGUAUCCAACUACGUAACUCUGGUACAGUUUUAGUUAAAGAAAUGAUAAACAUCAAGUUCACAAUUAUUAUAUUUAAUACUCCUUCUGGUGAUGGGGGAUUAAAUAUUGGUUAUCCAUGCAUGCAUCAGCUUGUAAAUCUUAGCUAUGCUGUCUCUAUUUGCUGAUUGUGUCCUAAUGAACAAUAAGAAGAUAUUAAAGAGCUGCAAGUUAGCUCCUUACAACGCAAAUGUAACUUUAGAUGUACAAAGACGUAACUAAUAUGGAACUAUAGUGGUAAAAGAAGGUUCGGCCAAUUUAGUGAAGUGUUCAUUUGCAUCAUUUUGCAGCUUUGUCUGCUAAGCACAACCCAUUUGUCAGACAUAUGAGAUUGCUAUAAUUUUACUUUUAUUCAUUUUAAUCACCAUGUAUGUUGUCUUUGGAUUAAUAGUGAUUAAGUGACUCUUGCAUUCUGCUCCUUUCUUGAAUGAAAUGCAUGUUCGUGCACAGGUAUUACAUCAGGGACAUCUAAUUUGGGCAUUUACUCAUGGUCUAAAAAUCACUAUUCGUCAGGGUAAAAAUGCAUGUAAAGAUAUGUGAGUGCAGUGCACAACAGCUAAAGACAGGGGACCUCUGCCACAACACAAUGCCUGAUGGUGCUUUAUUGUAUAUUUACUCAGAAAUUGGCUAAACGAAGAACCGAGGAGUCAGGCUGUGUAACAGGGAGACACAAUAAUUGAUUGUAUAAUCGCUUUCAGCACAUUAUUAAUUCAGUUUCUUUUUGCUUGCUUGCACAGAUCUAAUGGAUGUAUCAGAAACAUCCGCUUAGGUCUUUUUGUAAAGAAUGAGGAAGACACGAUGCAUCUUCUAUGAGACCAGGUUGCCUGUGUUAGACAAAAUGCAGUUGGAACAGAUGCGAAGACUCACUGCCAGAGUUUAAAAAUGUAAGACGGUUAACUACAGCAGGAGCUUUUGACCUGAAGGGCUUAAAAAUAAAGUUUAUCUGUGUUGCUUGGAAACACUUAAAGGGGUACUCUACCAAAUAGCUAUCAAACACUUAAUUCACUCUGUGGCUCUCAGACAAGUACCACCUCAAGCUAUCCAAGUAUUUCCAUACUGACUGACAUUUUAAAUCAUUAUUCAUCCAUCCAUCCUAACCUGACCAGCCACACUGACUCACUGGGAGAAAAUUAAGAACGUAUAUGUGGGUACACCAUGCAUCCUCAGAUUUUUUAGAGAAAAGCGGCAAAAAUCGUUCACUGGAGAGUUUGUUUGAGUACAUGACAAGUGACAUGGACAACAAAUGUAGUUAUCUGAGUGGUUCUAAGCUGUUCACACCGACCCUGGUAGCCCUGCCUUUGAAAUCGGGUUCUACCAGCUCCUUUGCAGACUGAUACUUUGUUUUAUGCAGCGUAAGUCAGUAUGGCUGGCCAAGCUACCUUCAAUCCAUUUAUCUAUCCAUCCAUCCAUUGCCGUCUGCUUAUCUGAUAUAGGAUUGUGGGGACACCAUUCUGGGCGACCCAGAGGGGUUCCCAGGUGAAAAGGGUGAGAUAUAUAGUCCCUCCAGCGAGUUCUGUGUCCUUCCUCCCUGUGGGUUGUGCCAGGAGCACCUCCAGAGAGCUUCCUGUGGCCAUCUUCUGGAGGAAGCUCAUUUCAGCUGCUUGUAUCCGGGAUCUUGUUCUUUCGAUCAUGAUCCAGACCUCAUGGCCG